AUGCAGCCCCAUAUGAGACGCGUUACAUCGCGGGCAACUCAAGCUUAUACGUAUGUGAAUGAGAAGUGGGCGCCUGCGACCGACGACGAUGUUCCGUUGGAAGGAGAUCUUUUCAAUGUGGUCUUGGUCAAUUCUGCUUGUGCGGAAGCUAUCAUAUAUCUCUAUCGCUUUGCAGCAGAGCUCCUAACCGGAUUUUGUUCGAAAUUCGAAGAAAUUAAUGUCACCGUCAUCAACCCGAAUAUGCAGGUAAUCCAGGUCCGUGAAGAUGGAACAGAACUCUACCGAGUUACCUUGAAGAAUUGGGAAAGAUGGGUUCUCGAUCCAACCGGAGCGCAAUAUGCGUUCAAAGAUCCGUUACGUCCCUGGCACUCCUUCCAAAAACGGCACACGUCGAAAACAAACGAAGAACAUGAAUUGGGCUACCAUCGGAUCGACAGCUUUGACUCCCCACUUCCCCUUAUUCAAGCACUCAUCGCUCAAAAGGAAGAAAAUGGGCUUGGACGAAAAAUUGACGAAUUCAUUCCUGUUUUCGCUCAAAGCCAUGGCAACCGCCUUGCCAAUAUACUGAAAGGUUCGGAUCCUCGAUUCAAGGAGAUCAAAGACAAGUUUUCUCGAGAGUUCGCCGCUCAUCUCAGGAAGAGCAUAGAUGAGCUCUCAGCGCCGGAAGAGUUGAAAAGAAGAGACAAAGAGGUCAAAAUGAGGCUAAUGAAGCUUUUUCUUAACCCCUCGCAGCAGGUGGAUCUAGAGAACUUUGAGGAAAAGCACAUGGGGCCUGGUUGA